UCACCUGCUACAAGGAUCGAGAUGAAAAUUGUAACUCUUGUCGUUUUCAUUUGCGCUGUGUGCGUUAAGGGCGAUGUGAGUGCUAAGGAUAGCAGGCAGAAGAGAUUGUUGUUUUACGAUGAGGAAGGUAACUUGGUGAAGACGUACUCGAACCCGUACCCGAACAACCCGUUCCUGCAGAACUUGAGGCUCAACGCUGGACAUCUGCCGUACUAUGGGAGCUUCUUGAACCCUUUCUUUGGAUUUAUAAAGGUAGGCCACUUCGGCAACAUAUUCUCUCUCACGAUCCCAGUAUCAAAUGAGGUCAUCAAACAAAUCCAAAAGGACCCAGCCUACCACAACCAACUACUCCUCACUCACACUCCCGACCCUCUCAUUGAGCCGAACCCUCUCUGUGAGGGUAAGAGGGCUCAGAUACCUUCGCCGAAGCUGUGCAAUAACUACCUGAACUGCUGGGAUGGAUGGGCGGUGGAGCAGGAGUGUCCUACUGGGCUGCUGUUCUCUAAUCAAGGGUAUUGUGAUUAUUCGGACAAUGUGAAUUGUGAGACUAGGAAAUUGAGAGAACAACCCCCAACGCAACCACAAUGCAGCAAAGACUUCGAAGCAUUCCGAAGCGCACUAGAUUGUAACGAGUUCUUUGUCUGCGUUGGACGACAACCCGUCAAGUUCAAGUGUCCAGCCGACCUUUCAUACAACCAGCAAUUAGGAGUAUGUGACUACCCAACACGCGUAGAUUGCACCUCAACUGCCACAAACACCGAAGUCUUUGCACCUCAAUCCACUGCAGUGCAACCAGCGGCACCUACUCCGGCACCUGCACCUAUUACUGCAUCAGAAUCUAUAGCACCUAGUGCACCUGUGGUUCCAAUAGUCCCGGUUGCACCUACAGCUACAUUUACACCAGCAGCGGUACCUAUUGUAGUAACAUCUGAUACUUUGAAGCCUGGUGAAAUCAAGACUAUAUUCUCCGAGAAUUCUUUAACAAAUACUCAAAGUUGGAAGUCCACCCAGAUUGCCAUAUCUCGUCAGGACGCCAUCCGUCAGUUGCAGCUCCGAAACAUCGCUAAAGUCGAUGUCUAAUUUUACACAGUAUUAUUAAUUUACUAUAUUAAGUGCCAAUUGUAUAAUUUCUGGAUAAGAA